UUCUACAUAGUUAUUUGUCCACGGUUAUGUUUCCUUAUAUUGUGAUAUGUUAACUUGAAAUGGGCGUAAAUUACCGUAAAGAAAUCAUUGCAUAUUAAUAAGUGUAACAUUUAAAAUGGAAGAUUUUACUUGUCCAAGAUGCAGGACAUCGAAAUUUCAAAACCCAUCACUAAAAAUGAUGGUCAAUGUUUGUGGACAUGGUUUAUGCGAAAGUUGUGUGGAAUUACUGUUUUUAAAGGGAUCUGGUUCUUGUCCUGAAUGUAGAAUUCCCUUAAGAAGAAAUAAUUUUAGAGUGCAACUAUUUGAGGAUCCUGCAGUUGAAAAAGAAGUUGAUAUAAGAAAAAGAGUACUUAGAGAUUUUAAUAAAAAAGAAGAUGAUUUUGAAUCAUUAUUGGACUUUAAUAAUUACUUGGAAAAAGUGGAAACAAUAAUCUACAAUUUAACAAAUAAUAUUGAUAUUAUAGAUACAAAUAAAAAAAUCGAGCAAUACAAAAAGGAUAAUAAAGAACAAAUUCAAAAGAGUAAAAAUAAGUUGGGUAGAGAAGAAUAUGAGUUGGAAGAAAUGUUGGAAAUGGAAAAACAAAUAGAGCAAGCAAGAAAACAGGAAAUCCAGCAAGAGGAAAUUGAAGCUAAAAAAAAGAAAAUUCGUGAAAAAGAAGCACUUUUAGAUGAAUUAAUGUUUUCAAACGCAAAUGCUCAAAAUAUCCUUGAAACAUUUGCUCAACAAGCCAAAGAAGCACAGGUUGAAAAAGCUAAAGCUCCCCCAAAAUCGUCUCAUUUCUCAACAGGCAUCAAAAUUGGGGGAACAUCUCACAAUCCAUUUAUGGUUCCAAUUGAUGAAGGUCCUCUAUAUCAAUACAAAUCAGUUACAAUUCAAACCAAUGGUCCUGAACCACCUAAUGAUGAAGAAAUUGUUAGUAAAGGUUUUAUUAACCAUGUCAGAUCAGAAACAGAGCAAGAAAGAGCUGGAGGGUUUAAAUCUAAUAUUGCAUGCAAAAGGGCUCUGCAAGAUGCACUUUUGGGGUUGUAUCAUACUAGGACAUCUUUUGCUUAAGUAAUAUUUGUAUUAUAAAUAAGUUUCUUUUGUAUAAUAAAUUUUUUUUCCAA